CCCCGCCCCACGCUCCGCCGAACACAAACUUCUUUUCUUUCUCAGCUCAGAGGCGCAGAAGUCAGUCACGCAGCGUGACGUAACGCAGGAGCCGCGCUUUCACUCUCGUGUCUGUGCGCUGGAGAGGGUUCUGCUGUGUCGUGAGCUCUCCUCCGCGCGUGUGAGAGUGUUUUGUGAGUGUGUGAGUGUGUGUGUGUGUGAGUGAGCUGCAGUCAUGGCUGUGGACGGAACAGACCAGCGCGCGCUGCAGUAUGAGCAAACUUUGAUGUAUGGGCGUUACACUCAGGAGCUGGGUGUGUACGCUAGAGAAGAGGCCGCUAGGAUUCGAGAGGAUGGUCGUCACCGCAGUCCUCCGCUCAAACUCCUGGAGUACGAGAAGGGACGAUGUGUCAGGUGUCGAAUCUGUGCAGUGCACUGUCAGCGGUUCCUCAUGUCGCGGGUCGGCGAGGACUGGAUCUUUCUCAUCUUGCUGGGACUCGUCAUGGCUCUGGUCAGCUUUGUUAUGGAUUUCUGCAUUGCCCUUCUCUUACAAGCACAGAAGUGGAUGUCCGGUGGUUUGGACAGUAACGUAAUCCUGCAGUAUUUAGCUUGGGUCACUUAUCCUGUGGUUCUCAUCAGUUUCUCUGCGGGCUUCACACACAUAGUAGCACCUCAGGCUGCGGGGUCUGGUAUUCCUGAAAUGAAGACCAUUCUCAGAGGAGUGGUGCUGAAAGAGUAUCUCACGUUAAAAACGUUUGUGGCCAAAGUCGUGGGACUGACCUGUGCGCUGGGGAGUGGUCUGCCUCUGGGCAAGGAGGGUCCGUUUGUGCACAUUGCCAGUUUGUGUGCUGCUCUUCUCUGCAAAUUCAUGUCGUUCUUUGGUGGAAUUUAUGAGAAUGAGUCCAGAAACACUGAGAUGCUUGCGGCGGCCUGCGCUGUCGGGGUUGGAUGCUGCUUUGCUGCUCCUAUUGGAGGUGUGUUAUUCAGCAUUGAAGUCACGUCCACGUUUUUCGCCGUGCGUAACUACUGGCGCGGAUUCUUUGCUGCUACCUUUAGUGCCUUCAUCUUCCGAGUUCUGGCCGUGUGGAACAGAGAUGAAGAGACGAUCACGGCUCUCUUUAAAACACGCUUCAGACUGGACUUCCCUUUUGACCUCCAGGAGCUUCCAGCGUUUGCUGUGAUCGGAAUCGCCAGCGGGUUUGGUGGUGCAUUAUUUGUGUAUUUGAACAGGCUUAUUGUGCAGUUUAUGCGGAAACAGAAAACUAUUAACAAGUUCCUCAUGAAGAAGCGUCUGUUGUAUCCUGCACUCGUCACUCUACUGAUCUCUACACUCUCUUUCCCUCCGGGCUUUGGGCAGUUCAUGGCUGGACAGCUUACACAGAAGGAGACCCUGGUUUCAUUUUUUGACAAUCGCACUUGGACGAAGCAAGGGAUGACGGAAGACUUUAAUUAUGACAGUCACUCGGCCGCCUGGAAACAUCCGCAGGCUAACGUCUUCGUGAUCCUCGUCAUCUUCAUCGUUAUGAAGUUCUGGAUGUCUGCUUUAGCCACAACUCUUCCCGUACCAUGUGGAGCCUUUAUGCCUGUUUUUGUCAUUGGUGCUGCGUUUGGCCGUUUGGUGGGUGAAAGUAUGGCCGCAUGGUUUCCAGAGGGCAUUAAUACGGACGGAAUCAUCUAUCCCAUAGUUCCCGGAGGAUACGCUGUUGUGGGUGAGAAGCAAAUGCUCUCGUACAGUACAUCGGUCACACAUACGGUUUCCACGGCCGUGAUCGUGUUUGAGUUGACGGGUCAGAUCAGUCACAUUCUGCCCAUCAUGAUUGCUGUGAUUCUCGCCAACGCCGUCGCUCAGAGUCUUCAGCCGUCCAUCUACGACUCCAUAAUCCGCAUUAAGAAACUGCCUUACCUGCCCGAGCUCGGCUGGGGCCACCAUGAGAAGUAUAAUAUUCGUGUGGAGGACAUCAUGGUCCGAGAUGUUCGAUAUAUCACACUGAACUCCACCUACAGAGACCUUCACGAGAUCCUCCUGAUAGGAAACCUCAAAACAGUGGCGCUGGUGGAGUCUGCAGAGUCGAUGAUCCUGCUGGGCUCUAUUGAGCGCGCUCAGUUACAGGCGCUCCUCACGCAGCAUCUGAGUCGCGAGCGGCGGCUGGAGUUCAUACGCGAUCGCGCCGACGCCGAGAGAAAGCGUGUGUCUGUGGUCAGCACUCCCAGCAGCGAGGAGGGGGGUCAAAAGGUCAACCACGAGGUUCGCUUCCAGAUCUCCACAGAAGAGUCGUCGUUCACACCGGCCCGUCCCAUCUCACCUAAACCUCUCAAACCUGCGCUGAAGAGGACGUCUACCGCCGAGAAAAACAUUGAGAUCCCCACAAGUCCUCAUGAUUCUGGCAUUGGGUUAAAGAAUCUGUUAUGUGCUCGACCUCAGACUGAUGCAAUGGAGGAGGAUCCAGACGCAGAGGAUGACAUGACUCUUGGCGAGAUCGAGGAGUGGGAGGAGCAACAGCUUGACGAGCAGGUGAACUUCAACAGCUGCAAGAUUGACCCCGCCCCCUUCCAGCUGGUGGAGCGCACUUCACUGCACAAGACUCACACCAUCUUCUCUCUGCUGGGAUUGGAUCACGCUUACGUCACCAGCAUCGGGAGACUUAUCGGAGUAGUUUCACUGAGAGAGCUGCGUAAAGCCAUCGAGGGCUCGAUGACGGUGAAGGGUGUGAAGGUUCGUCCGCCGCUGGCCAGUUUCAGAGACAGCGGCACCAGUGGCACCAGCAGCGAAAGCGAAGCCACUGAGCUCCACAAACUGUGGGAUCGUCACACCAGCAUCAGCAUUCCCCGAGAACACCAGCCCAACACCUCCGACUCGGACGAGAAGUCUCAGUGACCUGCGGCCGACGCUCGCAUCCAAACACCCUCCGGUCUUCUGGAGAAUCAGGGACUGUCUGGACUCUGUCGAGGCUCCUCCAGUGUGUGUGUAUGUGUGUGUGUUUAUAUGAGUGUCUGUUGCAGAAAGAGACGGAUCAUUUCAUUUUUGACGUUACCUAUCAUUCCCUUUUUCACUACUUAAGAAAUGUGAUGCACAAGAUCUGUUUGAACGCUUCGUCUGGUGUCUCGUGGUUUUAACGUUGGGGAAUUUAUAUCUCAGUUGUUGUUUCUUUUCUCUUGCAGUCGCACUUAUGACUUUUUUCUUGCAGUUAUUUCUUUUCUUCUCACAAUUUCGAAGCCAUUCUGAACAAUUCUCGCAAUUAUGAUUACUUUUUCUUGUAAUUGGUCUUUUCUCGUUAUUUUGACUUUUCUCGCAAGUGACUUUUUCUUGCGAUUAUGUCUUUUCUUCUCGCAAUUGAGUUUUCCUCUUGCAUUGCAAUUCUGGUUUAUUUCCUCGCAAUAAUGCAUUUUUCUCGCUCUUGACUUUUCUCGUUAGUGUUUAUCUCAUAAUUAUCAUAUUUUUUCACAAUUUACUUGUCUCUUAUUUACAACCAUUCUUGCAAUUAUAACUUUUUCUCACAAUUAUGACUUCUCGCAAUUAGGAUUUUCUCACAGUUUAUUUUUUUUUUCAGAAUUAUGACUUUUCUUCUUGCAAAUUGACUUUUUUUCACAUGCAUGAAUUUUUUUUUCCCAAUUGUGACUUUUCCGCAAGUAUGAAUUUUCUUCUCGCAAUUAUGACUUUUCUCACAAUUUGUUUUUCAGCAAUUUUGACUUUUCUUCUCACAAUUGACUUUUUUUCAAACAAUUAUGACUUUUCCGUAAUUGAUUUUUUUUUUUUUUUUUUUUUUUUUUUUGCAGUUAUGACUUUUCUUCUCACAAUUAUGAUUUUUUUUCGCAAUCAUGACUUUUUACGCAAGUAUGGUUGCAAAGGGGUGGAAAAUUUCCGUUAAAUUUCUGAAAACUUUCCAGAAAUCCCUGGAAGAUUCCAAAAAAUCCUGGAAAGCUUCUAAAAUUUCUGGAAUGUUUUCGAAAUUACUGGAAAUUUUCCACUUUUUUGCAAAUCUUUUCGCAAGUAUGACUUUUAUUCUUGCAACUGAUUUUUUUUUUUUUUUCGCAGUUAUGACUUUUUAUUCGCAAUUAACUUUUUUUCUCACAUUUAUGACUUUUCCGUAUUUUUUUUUUAUUAGAAAUUGAGUUUUCUUCUCGCAAUUGACUUUUUUUCUCACAAGUACGACUUUUCUUCUUGCAAUUAUGACACUUUUACUUGCAAUUGACUUUUUUCGCAAUCAUGACUUUUUUUCGCAGUUAUGAUUUUAUUCACAAUUGACUUCUUGCAAUCUUACAAUUUACUUUUUUCCUUCCAAUCCUGACUUAAUUUCUCACAAUUCUGCUUUUUCCCUCUCACAAUUCUUUACCUUUCAGAUGUUACCUUCAUUCCCUGUUUCUCUUCAUCAGUGUUUUUUCUCGCGGGUGGGCAUUAGAUUUUCCUCUAUAUAAAGCGGAUCUGUAGGCGGACGCAGUAGGAGGCAGAGAGAACAGAGCGACGGAGAGAAUGAGACGGAGUAGGAGUGAAUUUCUUUUUACCGCAGUGUUGUUUUUUUUUUUAAACUCUUUCAGACUUUUUUUUUUUGCUCUUGCAGAAUCUCCAACAUGAGAUUCAGUCGGCGUUUGAAGCCAAACCACUCGAAUGUUAUCUGGUCAAUGUCAGACGAAGCGAAUCUCGCCCACGCAGACUCUUAUGUAAGGAUGUGCACUUUUUAUUGCUUUCUCUAUCGGAAAUGACACUAACGUGCUUUUUUGAAUGGUUUGGCACAUUUGUUUUUUGCAUGUUUGCACUGAGGACAGUGAAAUCAAUCACAGUCAACAUUCAGCACAGCAACAACAUCUGAAUUGACAAUAACCAAAUUAUGAACAAAUGAAUGGUGAGGCGUAGAGGUUUUGGAGGAUUUAAACAUGUUUGCUUUGAAGUAACCACUCAUUUAUAUAUAUAUAUAUAUUUUGGGAAAUCAAAGGUCAGUCCUUCCCACUGGUUUCCAUUGAUCGAGGAGAAUGUGAUGCAGUUUUUGAUCGGUUUAGCACUUGGGCAUAAAGCUGCAGGAAAACACACAUCAAACAGUAAAACCUCUCUUUCUGUCUCUUUCUUUCUUUCUCUCUGUUCUUGGAUCUUUGGCAGGAGCUU